CAUCCAUUAGAUAUACGUAGUUUUAUUAGGUAUCUACCUAGGCAUUUAUCUACAAGUUACUCAAAACUCUAGUACUUGUCAUGAGAAACGCAGGUUCACCUAUGGUGUAUAUAAAAAAAGGUGGCCCACCUUCAAGGUGACAACGCUCGUUUACCCCCUCGGUAACUAAUGCGACAUCAAGACGUCUAACCUUAGCACCAAUUAGCUCCCUCCUCGAACAUACUUCGGCCAGGAACAGCAAGUUGCUGGUUUCCAUAUUUUUUAAACAAAGAAACAAAUAAAAAGUCAUUUGUCCACCUCCUAGCUUGAAUACUUACAACACCGACUCAUCUUGACAUCAUGACUCGCAAGAAUUCAACCUUCUAUUUCGCGGAACGCCCCCAGGGCCUCAUCGUCCCAGGCAAAACGUUCAAGCUCGUGGAGUCGGAUGCGCCUACGGCUGACGACUUGGAGGAUGGACAGGUGCUGGUGGAGGUUAUUUACCUGUCGGUAGACCCUGGGAUGCGCAGUGUGCUGUACGAUAGCCGAUCCUACGUGCCCGCCCUCGCUUUAGGCGAGAAAAUGAAGGGCAACGGCAUCGCCAGGGUCCUCGCGAGCAAGUCUGCCAAGGCGAAGGAGGGCGACUUGGUCACCGCGUUGACCGGCUGGACCGAGGUGGCUAUUGUGGGCGAGAAUGAGCUCCAGGUCAUUAACUUGCCUGAGGGGGCGAAUGUCACGGAUGCGCUGGGUGCUGCCGGCAACACAGGCAUAACCGCCUACAUCGGCCUCAAGCACAUCGGGCAGCCCAAAGCCGGCGAGACCGUCGUCGUGUCGGGGGCCGCGGGCGCCACGGGGAUCAUCGUGGGCCAGAUCGCCAAGAUCCACGGGUGCCGCGUCGUCGGCAUCGCGGGGUCCGACGACAAGUGUCGGCUCCUCGUCGACGAGCUCGGCUUCGACGUCGCGCUAAACUACAAGUCGCCCGCUUUUAGAGAGGAGUUGGCGAAGGCGACGCCGAAGUACAUCGAUGUUUAUUGGGAUAAUGUGGGGGGCGAGAUCCUCGACGAAUGCCUGGCCCGCGCCGCCGUGCACUCCCGCUUCGUCAUCUGCGGCAGCAUCAGCAUCUACAACAGCCUCGGCGCCGCCGAGAACAAGGGCAUCCGCAACCUGAUCCAGGUCCUCAUGCAGCGCAUCCGCAUGGAGGGCUUCAUCGUCUUCGACUACCGCGACGACUACCCCGAGGCCCGCCAGGCGCUGGGGAAGUGGCUGGUGGAGGGGAAGAUCAAGAGGAAGGAGACGAUUGUGAAAGGGGGCAUCGGGGUCGUGGACUCGACGUUCAAUGACCUGUUCGCGGGGAAGAAUGUGGGCAAGCUGAUGGUGGAGGUUAAGCCGCUGCAGGAGGCUCACUAGGUGUCGCCCACUCGAUUGCGUGCUUUAUUUCCUAUAAGACAGAAUGCUGGACCUACUUGCCUAGCCCAGGUACCUACCGUACAUCGCUGGACACUGGCUCGUUCGAACUGAUAUGAGGGUCUGGUUGCAAGUUGAUGUACCUAGUCGCUUGUGUCUCCAUUGGACGUUGAACUACGCUGUACCCUAGUUUACUCUGUUC